AGCAUCCAGAAAUGUAUAUAAAUAGAUACGCUGCUCCAAUAUUUCUCACUCACAAUCUAUCAAGUUUACAGGAUAUUUUUAAUCAUCCAUAGCCUUCCACCAUAUCGAUAUCAGCUGUACGUGAAAAUGUCUGUCUCACUCAAAAUUGAGAAAGAAUAUGUUCAAAAUUCAGAAAGAGUAAAAUCUGUGGAUUUUCAUCCAAGUGAGCCAUGGAUUCUAGCAAGUUUGUAUUCGGGAACACUAUGUAUCUGGAACUACCAAUCACAGACUCUGGAGAAAUCUUUCAAGCUCACUGAGUCUCCAGUGAGGUCAGCAAAGUUUAUAGCACGUAAGCAGUGGAUUGUUGCAGGAGGAGAUGACAAGUUUAUUCGUGUAUACAAUUAUGAGACACAAGAGAAAAUCAAAGAGUUUGAGGCACAUGAGGAUUAUAUUAGGUGUGUGGCCGUCCAUCCUACGCUUCCGUAUGUGCUAUCAGCAUCGGACGACAAGCUCAUAAAGCUUUGGGAUUGGGAGAAGGGUUGGGUGUGCAGUCAGACCUUUGAAGGGCAUUCACAUUAUGUGAUGCAAGUUGCAUUUAAUCCAAAAGACAACCUUACUUUUGCAACCUCAUCACUUGAUGGCACCAUAAAGGCAUGGAAUCUUCACUCUCCUACUCCAAAUUGUACAUUAGAGGGCCAUUUGAAUGGUGUCAACUGCGUUGAUUACUUCACAGGUGGUGAUGAACCAAAAUUAGUAACUGGUUCUGAUGAUUUUACUGCUAAGGUGUGGGACUAUCAUGGCAAAACUUGUCUGCAAACUCUAGAAGGCCACAAGCACAAUGUGACAUCAAUUUGUGCUCAUCCAGAGCUUCCCAUAAUUAUUACAGGCUCUGAGGAUGGGACUAUUUGCAUAUGGGAUACAACCACCUAUAGGCUUGAGAACACAUUGAACUAUGAUCUUGGAAGAGUUUGAGAUAUUGGAUACAAGAAAGGAUCAAACCAGAUUGCAUUUGGUUGUGACAAUGGAAUAGUUGUGAUCAAUAUUAGCGGCACUUGAAAGUUGGGAUAUAUUUUCUGAACCUACAAGUUCAAGACCGAGAAGGAAGAUUUGGAGCAAUAAAGUCGUCUAAUGUUGCUACUAUUGUACUAUAUAUGGUGUGUUUUGUAUGAAUAACUGUGUCCAUCUUUAACCUAGUUGAAGAGGAAGACCAGAAGAAAAGGAUGUAUGAAUAAUUUUUAUUUUAGCUAUAAUAGAAUUAAUUUGUAAUGGAUACUAGAAAAAAAA